CGACGGCAUCGUUGUGGUUCAUAAAAUGCUAUCUAUAGAGCCACAUAGGCCACAGUUUACGUGAGCCGAACCAUAUUUAUUUGUACUUACUUCUUACCAAUUUCCAUCCGCGGCCGCACAGAUGCCUUGUAAUGACGGAAAUAUGACACCUAACAUGAUGUAAUUUGAUUGUUCGCGCCGUACAUUGUAAGUCAAGUCGCCAAGCCCUGCGUGGCAGCUUUGCGGCAACCAGCAUGGCAACCAUAUUCCCGAUGGAGCCCACCUUUAAAGAGUCCAUCAUAUGGUUGUGCUGCAAUGAACGUCCAAACGCCCCGCCCGCGCAGCCCCCAGUGACUGGUCCUUCUCGCCGAACGGUCGAGCUGCUAGCGGGGACGGGCUCUAAGGCAACCACUCCCGCACCCUCGUCCGCGCAGCAGCCCCUGCUGCUACCAGGCUACAUCGGCUCCUCAGGACCCACAGCUGGGGAACAACCUCCUCCUCCCACCUCCCCCGUUGCAGCAUCCACGCCCCCGACCCAGCAAGCGACCCCAUCCAGGAGCCUCAUUCCAGAGCCCAUGAGCUCUGCCAAGCAGCCGACGGUGGCAUCAGCCGCAACCAGCAAGGUGGAGGAGGCCGCGGCGCCGGUCACAGCUACCGGCGGCGGCGCCAUCCUGGCUCGCCUUCGACAGCAACGCAGCGGCUCGACAGCUACGAAUGCCACCCCUGCGGCCGCGGCUGUGUUGGCAGCCGCGGCUAAGGCGAAGGCGGACCUGGAGGCAGGCUCGGGAACGGCUGCGGUGCAGCAGCAGGCCGCAGCCAAGCUGCCAGUGACCAUCCUGUACGGCAGCCAGACAGGCACGGGCGAGGAGAUUGCGAGGAACCUGGCUGCUUCGGCCGUGGAGAAGGGCUACGAUGCGAACUGCGCCUCGUUGAAUGAGUUUGGGUUUGCGGCGCUGUCGCCCUCGCGCACACCGUUCCUCGUUGUGAUCUCAUCUUCCACCGGCGAUGGAGACCCGCCGGAUAACGCCACGAACUUCUUCAACGCUGUCCGGAAGAAGCCCGAGGGUACCCCCAAGCCCCUGGCUGGGUUGCGGUACACAGUGCUGGGUCUGGGUGACUCCAACUACACGCGUUUCAUGUACGUGCCACGUACCAUAAAGAGCCGGCUCGCUGAGCUGGGCGGGAGCGAGUUCUACAAGUGCGCUGAGGCGGACGAGGUGGAGGGCGUGGAGAACGUGGUGGAGCCCUGGAUCGAGGGGCUGUGGGAGGCACUGGCGCGGGCCAUGCCGCAGGGAUCCACCGCCACUGCGGUGCAGGCGCCUGCUCCCAAGCCCGCCGAGCCCUCCAAGCCCGCCGCUGCAGCCGCCCCCAAGCCCGCUGCGGCGCCCUCCGCUGGCCUCGCAGCUAUCAUGGCUGCUGCAGCCAAGGCGAGAGCGGACCUGGAGACUGCGAAACCUACCGCCGCCGCAACAACAGCGCCGACGGCGGUUACAGCAACUGCAACAGCAGCCCCAGCAGCACCGGCAGCAGUGCCGGCGGCUACUGCUGGUGGCAAGCUGCCAGUGACCAUCCUGUAUGGCAGCCAGACAGGCACGGCCGAGGAGAUUGCUCGCAACCUGGCUGCGUCAGCCGUAGAGAAUGGCUACGAUGCGAACUGCGCAUCGUUAAACGAGUUCGGGUUCGCCGCGCUGUCGCCCUCGCGUACGCCGUUGCUUGUCGUGCUCUGCUCCUCCACCGGCGAUGGAGACCCGCCGGACAACGCCACGAACUUCUUCAACGCUGUCCGGAAGAAGCCCGAGGGCAACCCCAAGCCCCUGGCUGGGUUGCGGUACACGGUGUUGGGUCUGGGUGACUCCAACUACACACGCUUUAUGUACGUGCCACGUACCAUAAAGAGCCGGCUCGCUGAGCUGGGCGGGAGCGAGUUCUACAAGUGCGCUGAGGCGGACGAGGUGGAGGGCGUGGAGAACGUGGUGGAGCCCUGGAUCGAGGGGUUGUGGGAGGCACUGGCGCGGGCCAUGCCGCAGGGGCCCUCCGGUGUGCAGCAGCCACCCGCUGCCGUGCAGCCCGCAGCUGCGGCCCCAGCACCGCCUCCCAAGCCGGCUGCGGCGGCCUCCGGGGGCCUUGCUGCGAUCAUGGCGGCAGCGGCCAAGGCUAAGGCGGAUCUGGAGGCUGCGGCGACAGCCAAGCAGCAGCAGUCCGCUGCUUUGGCUCCUCCUGCUGACUCUGCUGCUGACUCUUUGACGUCACCGCCUGCAGCCCUCGCAGCGGCAGAGGCGGAUGCAGCUGCAGGGGCAGGUGCGCUGGAAGCUGCCACCGCCAGUACAGCAGCAGCCGAGCAGGCGAGCGGUUCUUCCGAACCCCAACCCCAGGGGGUGGCAGACAGCGUGCAGCCCGCCAGCGCAGCAGACGGCUCGCUGCCGGUGGCACCAGAGGCGGCAGCGGCUGCCGCCGCCACCGAGGGCUUUGCGGACGGCAAUGCGGAGGGAGCCACCGCACCUCCUCCCCCUGUGCCCGCACCUGUUGCCAUCGCCACCACCGCAGCCGCUGCUCCCGAUGCUGCUGUCACGGCGGCGGCGGAGGAGGAGGACCCGCUGCUGACUCCAAAGGCCACAACCGCGUCAGGGGAGGCUGCUGCUGCGGGCGCACUAGCAGGUGCUGCCUCGCCGGAUGGGCUGCUGUCGGAGGCAAGUGGUCGGCCCGGGUCGACCACCAGUGCCAUGAGCAGCACCUUCCGGCGCAAUGUGGAGAUUGUGAAGCGCACUCACGACGCGGCGGAGGCGGCGAAGAGCCGCCGCUCCGUCGACCCCAAGGGCACCGGGCGCCUGGUGCAGCAAGCCAAGCCCAUCAACGUCAACUUCCCCAAGCGGGAGGAGGCCAUCGUCAAACGCAAGGACGAGAAGUCGUACGGGCUGCUGCUGGGUCUCGCGCCAGUGGGUGUUGACACCAAGGGCGCACCUGCGCUGCUUCCCUGCCGCAUCAAGGUGCAGUGGGAGAAGGACGAGGCGCGCGCCAAGGCAGUCCGCGACAAGGAGGCGGCUCGCCCCACGCGGGAGGAGCGGCACCGCAUCGACCCCGAGGGCAACUACACCGCCGCGCAGCCCUUCUGGGCGCACGUUUCAAACGCCAGGUACGAGACCGCCUUCUGGUCGGACCGCAAGGUGCUGCACCUGGAGUUCUCCAUCCGCGGCUCCAACAUCACAUACCAGCCGGGCGACGCGGUGGGCGUCCUGCCCGUCAACCACCCCGACCUCGUACUCAACCUCUGCAAGCGCCUGCGACUCAGCCCCGACCGAGUCCUGCACAUAAACCAGGCAGCCGCGGGCGGUGCAGCCUCCUCCUCCUCGGGUGGUGCUGCGGCGUCGGGUACUCGUGUGGCCAGCCACAUUCCCAGCCCAUGCAGCCUGUCGUACGCGCUGACGCACUGCGUGGACCUCACGUCGGCCACCCGCAAGAGCGUGCUGCGGCUGCUGGCGGAGCACACCACGGAUGCGGCGGAGCGCCGGACGCUCAUGUUCCUCAGCGCCAAGGGCGGUCGUGAGGCCUACGCGCACGAGAUCGGCGAGCACCAGCCCUCUCUGCUGGACCUGCUGGUGCGCUUCCACUCCUGCCACCCGCCGCUGGACGCGCUGCUGGACGCGCUGCCGCCGCUGAUGCCGCGCAUGUACUCCAUCAGCAGCUCGCAGCGGGAGCAGCCCAACCACCUGAGUGUGGCCAUGUCGGUGGUGCGAUUCAAAACCAGGUACGGCACCCGGCUGGGUGUGGCCACCACCUGGCUGGACCGCCUGGCCGCCCCCUUCACCGCGGAGGCCGCCACGCCGCCCUCGGAGCCCAUCUGGGUACCCAUCUUCCUGCGCCGCGCCGCCGACUUCAAGCCGCCGCCCGACCUGGCCACCCCGCUGGUGAUGGUGGGUCCCGGCACCGGCGUGGCGCCCUUCAGGGGCUUCCUGCAGGACCGCCGGGCGGUGGUACGGCAGCUGCAGCCGCCGCCCGAGGCUGUGGGCGAGGCGGUGCUGUUCUUCGGGUGCCGGCGGGAGGACGAGGACUACCUGUACCGCGAGGAGCUGGAGGGGUUCAGGGAGGGCGGCACGCUGGCGGCACUGCAUGUGGCGUACAGCAGGGCGCAGGUGGACAAGGUGUAUGUGCAGGACCUGAUCAAGCAGCAGGGUGAGAAGGUGUGGUCGCUGCUGCAGGCGGGCGGGCGGGUCUUCAUCUGCGGCGACGGCGCCCACAUGGCCAAGGAUGUGCAUGCCACGCUGGUGGGGAUUGCCGUACAGCACGGCGGCCUCAGCGAGGAGGAGGCGGCCGCGUACUUCACGACCUUGACGCAGGAGAAGCGCUACGUGCGCGAUGUGUGGUCGUGAGGGGGGCGAAGUCCGCAAGCAGGCAAAGCCCAUCGCUCUGUCCGGCAAUUGGUAAUGCCUUCACACGUUUUCCGCUUCUUCUGCAGUUUAACCGUUGUUAAGUAAGCUGAUGUAUGUGUAUGGGAUUCAUGACGACUUGGAGGUUGGCGCAGUGUGACGUAGUAGGAGAGGGGGCGAGGGGAGUGUUACCGGGCGUCCGGAGGUGCCAUGUGCGUUGUUGGGGCGGGUGGAACCAUUAAUGGUUGUAGGCUUUCUUGAGCUUCUUGGCAGGACUGCUUUCUCGGUGUCUAGAGGAGGCUGUUGUGUAUUCCUGCGCUAUCCCCGUUCGUAAGGUUUGCUACGGGCUCGAAAGUUUGGUGCGGAGGCUUAGUCAUGGCUUGGGCAAGGCUAAUCGGCGUGUUGUAAGCUGCUUAUCGCGUGGUUUGCUUGUCAAGGCAUGGAAGCACAAGCUCGCAUCAAAACAUGACGGCGUGCUCCUUAAAUAAGCCCUAUGUAUUCAUCAAAACACAACAAGCAGUGUAUGACCUCCGUCGUAGUUUGACCUAUAUGGUGCCGGUGGAUAGGGCGUUUGUCGAUCGCCCGCCUGCCUCUCUUGCGCCCCCUCCCCCCUACUUCUAUUGGCCGGUGGAGCGAGCCACAUGCGUGAUACACGCUGCUCUUACACAUGCAUGAACUGGGAUUCUUCUCGUGCCUUUUGAUCGGCCGUUUCUAGGUGUCGAUUACGGCUGCAUUGCCUGCUAUGGUGGACCUUGCAUGCUGCUUAUGGCAGCUGCAGCAUGCUGAUUGGAGCUGCAUACUGCACGGUAACGCCGGGCAAUCCUCUUGGGAAGCGGUGUUUGGGGCCGGAGGGCGUCGCCAUGCUGAUUACAAGCUUGAGGCUCGUAAGGCCCUGACGAGCCAGUGUCGCCUUGCAAACUGUCAUAAAAAGCGGGUGCCGUACCAGCGGCUUGGCGGUAGGGUGGGCAGCUGGGCACAUGGCGAACAUUUCUUUAUGAGGAAGUCUGCUAGGAUUGCGACUGGUGAUCCUUGUAAGUGCGUAUUGGCAG